ACCUUUUUAGUAUUUAUAUUCUCGUAUCUUGCUCUUACUCUUCGGAAUAUGUUUGGCAAAAAAACUGCACUAAGUAAAACAGAACGGGCCGGGCUGGCCGAAAUGCAUUUAGAGCCACACGAUUUUUACCUGGCGAAAUUGAGCGCAGCAACUGGUGUGCCUUCUUGUGGUCCAGACUAGCCUGACCCUCCCUUCCUUCCUUUUCCUCACAAAAUGCAACUGCAAAAUUUGCCAAUUCUGAGAGAAGAAUGCAAGGCGUGCUACUAGCUACAGUUAGCUCAACUCCAUGCUUUCUUCAAACAUUCCUCCGUCAUCCUCACCACCACCGCCUUCCAUUCCGCCAGAACCAGACGAAGGGAAGCGGCCGCCUCUAUACAACUAAACCACUAUGCAAUCUGAGAGACACACAGCAGCCAUCUUCAAACAGCUCCUGGCCCGUCGUUGGUCUUUUGCUGUUUGGUUCAGGUUUCUUCUUAGGCCCCCUUCUCGACGGACUCCAUUCCAGGGUGGACCUCGUCGAGUAUCGAACUGGGUCGAUCGAUAUCGGCCCUCUGCAUACCGACAUCUGGGUCCCUCCCAUGCUUGGACUGUUUUACUCCACUGUCGGGUUGCUGCAGCUAUUCGUAGACGACAAGACAUCGUCUGAAGCUCCACGAGGCAGCCCAGAGAACCUAGCUGCUUCGCUAGUGGCGCUUGUGCUGUUCCUGGAGUUGAGCGCUGAAAUGUACAGAGCAGGAGUAGCAGAUAACAUCGAGGCAUACAUACUGUUUGCAUUAGCAGAGUUGAUAUGGUUCUCUGUGGACAGGACGCGGAUAGGAUUCACACUCGCAUCAAUCGUAGGCGUCUGCUGUCCACUCGCGGAGAUUCCAAUAAUGAAGUACCAAAAAUACUUAGCCUGCCUUGGUAGUUGGUUCUUGCACCUUUGGGAGUACCCACAAGCUAACAUUGAGAUAUUUGGUCAGGGACUAGUAACCUGGACUGUCACUUGCUACUUCGUUUACACACCGUUCCUCGUCAGCCUGUCCCGCUGGUUGAGAUCAGUUGUUAAGACCUCUGCUGACAACAAAAACAAAUCCAUCUAGGGGAAAGUGACAGCAGAUUCUCGAAGCCUUCCGCUGGAGGACGGGUGAUCUAGCUGUUGAGAAGGAAGGCUUUCUGUCUAUUGGGCUGUCGUGGCCUGAAAUUCAAUGGAACACCUUUCAAGCAGGAACCAAACAAGGAGGCAGUGACAGAAACCUGAAAACACCAAUGUUAUAGCUCUAUAGAGGAGCCAUCAUCCUACAUAUUUUUCGAUGCUAACUGAAAGUCUAGUCCAAGUCUUGUGUAUAUCAGGAUCAGAGCAAGAUGUUUGCAACUCUGCACCCUGUUCUCUCCUCAUCAAGAAUUGCAAGUUUAAAUUGGAGUACAUCCUUGCUCUAAUGCACAUAGUGUUCUAACAUGAUGUCCUUCUGGCUUUAAGACGCAACUC